AUACUUUUUCCUUGGCCCCAAAGUCUUCCUUUCUUCACCAUCCCCAUUUCACCAAACCCGAAGCUCACAGGAAUCACACCUGUUCAUCAAUGGCGGAUUGGAGCCCUUACACCAAGAACCACUUCCCAUUUUCAGAGCUGAACUCACCAAUCCAACCAUCCCGCAGAACCCAAGCUCCUGAAUUUAUCAACCAAAAAUUUCUCACCAAGUUCUGGGAGCUCCUUCACCUUCUCUUCAUCGGCAUUGUUGUGUCAUAUGGCUUGUUUGGUCGAAGAAAUGUCGAACUGGGCAUCGACGAAAAUCACUCAAAUUUCGAUAUUUCCCAGUCUUCUGUGUCUAGGAUGUUUCAUGUUUCUUCUAUUUUCGAAGAUGGUUUUGAAAAUCCAUGUGGGCCUGAUGAAACCAGUCUCAUUAAUAGUUGGAAUUCUCAGUACAUUGAGAGUGAGCAUAUUAAUAGUUGCGAUCGUAGCAGUGGUGUUGGGGAAAAGUGUAAAAGCCGAUAUGGGCGCGAUCGGAACAAUGUGGUUCAAGCUUGGAGUUCUCAGUACUUUCAAGGUGAACCUACGGUGGUAGUGGCUCAACCGAAUUAUAGUGUAGAGAAAUGGGGCAGAACCGCAUCCCUGAUUGAUCAUAAGCCGUUGGGAUUGCCCGUUAGGAGCUUAAAAUCGAAGGUGAGAAAGCUAGACUGUCCCGAGUUUAUUAGUGGAAGUGAAUCUGGGUCAGGUUCAAAUGUUACAUCUAGGUCUGAUAGAAGCAGAAGUGGGAAUUUUGGGGAUUUAGGCCCUAUGAAUUUGGAGCAGAGGUUUAAUGAAGCUGCUGCUGCGGCUUCGCCAAUUCCAUGGCGUUCGAGAUCUAUAAGGACGGAAACGAGAAAUGAAGCGGGGGAUGUGAACCUCCCUACGCAUUUCAGGCCUCUCUCGGUUGAUGAAACUCAAUUUGAGUCGCUCAAAUCACCGUCUGUCAGGUCCACAGGAUCUUUCUCAUCCCAAAGUAGUUCAGUCUCUUCCUCAAGCUCUAUUUCCUCAGAGUUACAAAACUCGAGGACGGAAGAUUUGGGAAAAAGUAAGAGUUUUCUUGGGGCUUUUCGUGAGGCUUCACCAUCACCAUCACCACCAACACCAAGAAAUGGAAAGGCUUCGUCGAAUGCACUUCAUUCUCGGCAUUGUAGUAUUGGUUCUGUAUAUGGAAGGGAUGCUUUUAGAAACUCAGAAGAUGAGUUAAAGGAAAAGAGUAGGAGUAGAAGAGAGGAUCCAUCAGAUAGUGAGGACUGCCGGAUGGAUUUGUUGAAAUCGAACAUGAAUCCAGCAAGCCCCACGGAAGCUUUUUUAAGGGGAAAAUCAGUGAGGAAUGCUUCGUCGAAUGCACUUCAUUCUCGGCAUUGUAGUAGUGAUUCUGUAUCAGGAAGGGAUGAUUUUAGAAACUCGGAAGAUGAGUUAAAGGAAAAGAGUAGGAGUAGAAGAGAGGAUCCAUCAGAUAGUGAGGACUGCAGGACGGAUUUGUUGAAAUCAAACAUGAAUCCAGCAAGCCCUACGAAAGCUUUUUUAAGGGGAAAAUCAGUGAGGAAUGCUUCGUCGAAUGCACUUCAUUCUCGGCAUUGUAGUAGUGGUUCUGUAUCAGGAAGGGAUGCUUUUAGAAACUCGGAAGAUGAGUUAAAGGAAAAGAGUAGGAGUAGAAGAGAGGAGCCUUCAGAUAGCGAGGACUGCUGGACGGAUUUAUUGAAAUCAAACAUGAAUCCAGCAAGCCCCACAAAAGCUUUUUUAAGGGGAAAAUCAGUGAGAACAAUUAGAGCUAGUGCACUGACUGCAGGUGCAAUAAAAAAGGAAGAGAGACAUCAAAACCAAAAUAAUGACAAAGCUGAAAAGAAGCAUCAAAAUUUGGAUGAGGCAUGCAUGAGAAAAGAUAAAACCAAAGUUGGACUUGAUGAUUGGAUGAUUGGCUCCAGUGAGCAACGUAUUGAUAACUUGUGCCCUAUGCCAAAGGCAACAUUCUCAGAGUUCCGCAAGAAGGAAAAGGAAGAAUUCUAUGAGAAUUUAGCUUCAGGGUUUGAAGAAGACUUGCAGAGUGAGCGUGAAAACCUUGAAGUAAGCUCAGAUGAAUAUGAUGUGUCUGCUUCUGUCAACGAUUCUGUACCAUCCUCUGAUGAGGUUGAUAAGAGGGCUGAUGAGUUUAUUGCUAAGUUUAGAGAGCAGAUCAUGCUUCAGAAAAUGGCAUCAAUUGAAAGAUCAAGAGGGCUACAGAUGGGCAGAAACCGUUUUAGAUGAUACAUAAGCAUAUGCUGCAAUAUAAAUUUAUAAAAAAUGAGGGAUAUGAAGUUCAUGAUUCUUCUUAUAAUCCUCUUUAUCUUGGUCUCUCAUCAAUCUGUGCUUUUUAUUUCUAUUGCACUUGGUUAUUCACAUAUUUACAAUUUAUUUGUGAUAGAGUUCCAUAACUUUAUAUCUAGAAACUUUAUGGGUGAAGAGUUAUAGAAAUGUGUAUUUGUAUG